CUUGGCCAUCAAUGACCAGUAAUUUAGUGCCCGGAGGCAGGGUUUCCAUUCUUAAAACUACAGAAGGCCAGAAACCACCCACCUUCUCUUUUUUUUUUGGGUUCGAAGAAGAACUAGGGACAAACAAGACAAGACAGAUAUACGAACAUAUCCAGCAAUCACGCGAGGCCUGAGCCGCCACCAUCCAAAAAAGUUGUUUCCAUUUACUCCUGGAUGGAUUAGUUGGCUGGAACCGGCGAGUGACUGCUGCCACAGAAUUCAAACCGGGAAAGUCGUUGUCCUGGCAGAUUAAGAAGUAAAGAUAGAGAAAUAUCAUCUGUCAAGAUCCUACUCUUUAGCCCCCGUUUACUUUUCCUCUUCCUGGUCCGUUUACUUUUUAUCAUAAAUCUUGUAAACACGAAAUGGCGAAAGCAGAGUCCAAUGUUAGCGAUGGGUUGACGCUAGAAUUGAUAAGAGAGUCAUUAAUCAGGCAAGAAGACACCAUUGUUUUCAGUCUCAUAGAGAGAGCUAGGUUCCCUUUAAAUUCUCCAACCUACGACAAAUCUUACGCUUCUUCUGUUCCUGGGUCCUGCGGCUCUCUGGUUGAGUUCAUUGUGAAAGAAACAGAGGCCAUCCAAGCCAAGGCUGGGAGAUAUGAGAAUCCUGAGGAACAUCCAUUCUUCCCAGAUAAUCUACCACCCUUACAGGUGCCACCUCACAAGUAUCCUGAGGUUUUGCAUCCUGCAGCCAUGUCUGUUAACAUAAAUAAGAUCAUAUGGGAUAUGUAUUUCAAUGAACUGCUUCCAUUGUUUGUCACCCCGGGUGAUGAUGGAAACUAUGCAUCAACAGCUACUCGUGAUCUUGAGUGUUUACAGGCCCUCUCCAGGAGAAUACAUUAUGGAAAACUUGUAGCUGAAGUUAAAUUCAGAGAUGAAAGGAAAGACUAUGAGCCAGCAAUUCGUGCUCAGGAUAGAGAUACCCUGAUCAAUUUGCUGACCUUUGCUCGAGUGGAAGAAGCAGUGAAGAAGAGGGUAGAGAAGAAGGCAAUGACAUUUGGCCAGGAAGUGAAGCUCGGUGAUGAGGGCAACAAGGGGAAGUACAAAGUAAAUCCAGCCAUUGUUUCCCGGCUCUAUGGAGAUUGGGUGAUUCCCCUGACAAAGGAUGUUGAAGUUGAGUACCUCCUCCAUCGCCUUGACUGAGCAUAAUCUCAGUUCCUGAUGGUUCCAACAAAGAUCAUAUUGUGUAAAACCUGCUUGUUGAUUAUUCAAAUGAAUAAGAUUGUAUCAUGGAAAAAUCGGGCCGACUUUUCAUAACUCUUUGUUUCAAUAACAUCAACUGUUUGAUUUGUUAUUCAU